AUGCCAGAGGUCGCUCAUCAAGAUGACGGUAAAAAGACAAAGAAGGAACUGAGAAAAUUGCAGAGAGAUACAGGCAAACUAAAGGUUCACGAAGCAGGUGAUGAUCAGAAAGUCCCUGUGAUUACACUAGCGGAAGGUGGAAUACUUGCAGCAACAGAUGUAUAUGGUAUCUUCCCACUAUGCCAGUCACAGUUUACUGAAGGACCCAAGUACACUGAACUAAAAGAGUUGUCAAAUGAGUCAAAUAUCGACCGAAAUGUGUGGGUUCGUGGACGUCUUCAUAGAAGUCGAAUGAAGGGAAAACUAUGUUUCUUCAUACUUCGUCUACAAGACUAUAGAGUACAGAACGUGCUUUCUGUUAGUGAGCGCACUCCAAAAGAAAUGUUGGCAUUCGUAUCCAGCAUUUCCAAAGAGUCGAUCGUUGAUGUUUAUGGGCGAGUUUUAAAAAGUCCUGUUCUCAUUGAAGGCUGCAACCCAGAUACUAUUGAAAUCCAUUGUGAAAAAGUGUUUGUCGUAAGCGCCGCCCUUCCAACUUUGCCUCUACAAAUUGAAGACGCAAUGAGACCUGAUGACGAUGAAACGGCUUUGAGUCGAGUUAAUCAAGAUACUCGUUUAGAUAAUAGAUGCAUUGAUUUGAGGACUCCAGUAAAUCAAGCUAUUUAUCGGGUUGAAGCUGGUGUGGUCCGGUUUUUCAUGGAAUACCUUACCAAUGCCGGGUUUGUGAAUAUCCAUACUCCAAAAAUGAUUUCAGCUGCUUCUGAAGGAGGUGCAAAUGUUUUCAAAGUGUCCUACUUCUCUGGUAGCGCCUAUUUGGCCCAAUCACCUCAGCUAUAUAAACAGAUGGCCAUAGCGGCUGACUUUGAAAGAGUCUUUACUAUAGGCGCAGUAUUUCGUGCUGAAGAUUCUAACACACAUCGACAUCUUACAGAAUUUGUCGGUUUAGACAUAGAGAUGGCAUUCAAAAACCAUUAUCACGAGGUGGUCGAUCUUAUUGCAGAUAUGUUUGUUCAUAUGUUCAAAGGAUUGCAACGCGAAUAUCAAACUGAAAUCCAAACCAUAUGUCGACAAUAUCAUUCUGAACCAUUUGAAUUCCUUGAACCUACUUUACGCUUACAAUAUCGUGAUGCGAUACGAAUGUUACAAAAUGCUGGUUGGGAAAUUGGCGAAUUAGAUGAUUUAAAUACACCGGCUGAAAAAUUCCUUGGUAAACUGAUCAAGGAAAAGUAUCAUACAGACUUCUAUAUUCUUGAUAAAUUUCCACUUGAUAUUCGCGCUUUCUAUACUAUGCCACAUCCUACUGAUAAGGACUAUUCUAAUUCUUACGAUUUCUUUAUGCGCGGAGAAGAAAUCAUGUCUGGAGCACAACGUAUUCAUGAUCCAGUCCUUUUAGCGGAACGUGCUACACAUCAUAAAGUUGAUCUGGAAAAGAUUAAAGCAUACAUUGACGCUUUUCGUUAUGGUUGUCCACCUCAUGCUGGUGGCGGGAUUGGUCUUGAACGAGUAACUAUGUUGUUCCUUGGACUGGAUAAUAUCAGGAAAACUUCAAUGUUCCCACGUGAUCCAAAGCGAUUGACUCCUUAA